GGGCCUCGGCGUCCAACAACCUGCAGCCGCAGUUCAAGCAAGCACGAGGAGUGAAGAUAUUGACUGUAAACCGCAGUUCGUCUGUAUGCUGUCACCAGACUCCAUGGAAAAGAUGCUCAUACCCGCUAAGUUUGUACAAUACUACAUCACCAAAGGGGAACUGUAGAACCCUAUGGCUGUUGUGUUAGGCCCUAUUGGAAAAGUUAAUAGCAUUAAGAUCGAGAUGGAUCAGUCAGAUGUGUUCUUUGCCGGUGGCUGGCCACAAUUUCUGGCAUUCCAUGGCAUCACUGAAUCAAAUGCUCUGAUGUUAAGGUAUGAGGGCAACAUGGUGUUUACAGUCAAAGUGUUUGAGCCCGAUGGAUGCCAGAGGAAGUCCAAGCACAAGGACAACAUAAUGCAACAAAGUGAGCAAGAGAUAAAUCUUGAAAUGCAACAGGAAGCACUAUCCGUACCCAUUUGGAAGUGUAAGAAGGAGAAUGAUUUGCCUUGUAGCGAAGUACAUAAACUAAAAGGCUUCCUGCCUUCACUGAAUGAGGCAUCAUUACAGAGGAAUUCUUUCUACGAGAUUGGGCAGCCGUCAUGGAUAAAGAAGCAGAUCAACACUGAGACACUUGAGAAUCAUCUUGCUUUGCCAAUAGCUUUCUGUGAUGCGAUCGGACUUCAUAAGCCUUCCAUGAUCACGUUCAAGACCACAAUGACUGGGUCUUGGCGGGUGCGUGGUAUCCCAUGCAACAAACAGAGCUACCUUCUUGUGCAUGGUUGGAGGAGGUUCUCUGAGGAGAACAAUGUCAAGGAAGGUGACAUCUGCACCUUCAAUGUAAUGAAAACUACAAUGUGGCAUGUUGUCAUCACGCGCUCAGAUAUUACGAAGCUACCGGAAACACCUUUUGCUUCCAGUACGAAGUGUAAGAGCAUCGAUGACAGGCCAAUUAGUCAAGGACAAGAGAUGUCAAAAGGCUCCAAGGCAUCAUCACAGAAAAGAAUCCCUUAUGAGAUUGGGCCUCCAGCUUGGAUAAAGAAGAAGAUAUUAAACACGAAUAACCGUUAUUUUGUGAGUACAGUUAUUUUUAUCUUGAUCAACUUGGGAAUAGACUUUACCACCGACUUUCUGCAAUGCGAUUGGUUUGUCGGAAGCAUGCACAAUCACCCUCAAGACCUCACUGAGCAGCACCAGAUCUUGGCAGGUUCAUGUUCUCCCAUACAAGCAUGCGAGCAACCUCGGGUCGGGCUGGAAGAGAUUCUGCUGGGAUAAUGAUAUCAAGGAAGGAGACACCUGCACAUUCAACAUCGUUGAAACCACGUUGUGGCAUGUUGUCAUUGUGCAUAGAUAAUCUUUGACCUGGCUGUACAUUAGUUCAUCUUGGCUUCUGUUAAAUACAAUAGCUAUUGCCUUCUCAUUAUGAAAAUGUACAAGUUCCUCAGCAAGUCGGCUAUAUUGUCGAGUGAACCGAACACUUAAGGUCUUGCUUGGAAACUAGUGGAAUGAUGUGGAAUGGGAGGGAUUGUUGAGAAAAUUAGUUCAUUUUAGACUCAAUCCCCUUCAUUCCCCUCCAAUCGUCCUCUUCUAUCCAAACAAGCCCAAAUGGAAAUUCUGUCUGGUGAUGUCAUUCCCUAGGUGCUUGUACUUGUUUCAAUAUUAUCUUCUUAAUUGCA